AUGCCGAUGGAAAGCAAGUCCGAUUGGAGCCAUCCCGCCACAAGUGCAGAUGAAGUGUGCGGCCUUGUCAGGUUGAUGAGGGCGGCAUGUGAGCGUGGCCUAGGCACAAAAUUCUUUGUCUACCUUCCCAAGGUGUCCGUGACGCCUCAGGGGGAGGGCUCCGACGAGCCCAGCGGUCGAAGCGUGACCUUUACAUUGUGUGCGCUGGUGCAAUACCCCUACAUACAGAUUGCCGACCUGCGCACCGAGUCUUCGACGUUGCAGCCGCAGUCGAUGAUGUGGACCCAGUUCCAGGUGGACGGCAUCAACGAGCUGUAUCAAGGCGAAGUCGCGGAUGUGGAGCGCAAGUUUCAGGCUGCCAUCGGUAUCGACGACAAGAAACGUUUGGUGAGGCAGCUGAAGCCGUUCCAGAUGCUCUUCGGCACGGCUGCGGUGGAGUCUGGCCCGACGGUCGUCUACUUGGCCUUGUCGAACCCGGGAUACCUUCCGAUCCGAUUCUCCUUCCAGACGCCCGAGAACUUGAAUCUGGAGAAUGUCCCCUACUGGUGA